CUUCCACCGUCAGAGCAGUGUACAUUAAGCAACAAUAUGAAACUAUAUUUUUCUAUUUUAUGUGUACUUCUCCUAGUGCUAUCUUAUUGUGAUGCAGCAUAUUUUGGGUCUGAUUGCGGAAAUAAUCGAACACAUAAUUUUUAUUUUGGAAGAAAAACACCUUCCUUAAGUCUUCUCUACUCAAAACAUGUCUACGCAGACAGCAAAAUUUUAAGGAAAAUAAGCGUUGAUGCAAUUUUUCCAACUAACGGAACAUUACCUCUAGGACAAAUCCACUACAUUGAAGCUCUGGAUCAAACUAGUGAAGGAACUGGAGGUUGUGUAUAUAUAAAAAAUGGAGGAGUCGGAAAUAGCUUUGUGACUCUCCACGUUAAAUCACAGAGGGGUUAUGGUCUUAAUUUCUAUUUGUUUGUUUAUGGCAUUUUAUAUCACUGAAAUAUAAUGUAAAUUACUGAUCAAUGUUAAUUUUUGUAUCUUAUUUCUUAUCUAUCAUUCCUUUACCUUAUAUUUUUUAUUUUGCAAUGCCAAAAGCCACCAAUAGUGAGUUAACUCAGAAGAACCCAUAAAUAUAAAAGAGUAACCAUAAUUUAAAAAUAAAGCAAAACUAUAAUAAAAAAUUUCUAGGGUAAAUUCCUGUCAAUCAAUGUUUUGACGUUGGCUUGAAAUAAUUCUCAGGUUAAAAAAGGAGUUCAAAAAAAUAAUAUCUUAUAAUUUUAAUAAAUAAUGUAUAAAGUCACUUUUGGUAAAUAAGGCCAUAUAUCAUUAAUUCGAGAUAAGUUAUUUUGAUAAAAACAAUAAAAUUUUUAUUUUUAAAUUAAAA